ACCUUGAGCGGGGGCACAUAGGGUUCACAGGAUUUUAUUAUUUUUUUUUUUUCUUUUCUAGCUAACAGGGAAAGAUGACGUUAAAAUCCAAUAAAAACGAACCUGCUGUCAUACUGGAGCCUGUCAGCAGCGUCCGGACAGCCCUCUCCGAUCUCUACCUGGAGCAGCUCCUUCAAAGCAAACCAAAGUCUGACAAGGCAGCUAUGCAAACCUAUGAGAAUAAAGGGGCUGAGGUUUACACCAAUGGCAGCGCUGGACACAUGAAUGGCAGAGACCUGACCAAGAUGAAAGAAGUAGCAUUUGAAAAGAAUCCUUCGGAGCCAAUGGGGGUCACUCUGAAGCUGAACGACAAACAAAGAUGCACUGUGGCCAGAAUAUUACAUGGGGGUAUGAUCCACAGACAAGGGUCAUUACACGAAGGGGAUGAAAUAGCAGAAAUCAAUGGGAAAAGUGUAACAAACCAAAGUGUCGACCAGCUACAAAAGAUUCUGAAAGAAACCAAUGGAGUAGUCACACUGAAGAUCAUUCCCAACCUGCAAAGCCGAUCCCGAGCCUGUGAGAUGUACAUGCGGGCCCAGUUUGACUAUGACCCCACCAAGGAUGACCUCAUCCCAUGCAAAGAGGCAGGCCUGAAGUUUCAGACUGGUGACAUCAUUCAGAUCAUCAACAAGCAGGAUCCGAACUGGUGGCAAGGCAGAGUGGAGAGCAGUGCUGCUGACUUCGCUGGACUGAUACCCUCCCCAGAGCUCCAAGAGUGGAGGGUGGCAAGUAAAAGCAAGGCCAGAGAGGGCAGUCAGUCCUGCAGCCCAUUUGGAAAGAAAAAGAAGUGCAAAGACAAGUACCUGGCUAAACACAGCUCUAUUUUUGACCAGCUGGAUGUGAUUUCGUACGAGGAGGUGGUUCAGCUCCCUGCUUUUAAAAGGAAAACGCUUGUGCUCAUUGGUGCACCUGGUGUCGGAAGGAGCCAUAUCAAAAACGCACUAUUGACCAAAUAUCCAGAGAAAUUUUCCUACCCUGCACCACACACCACCAGACCCCAACGUAAGGAUGAGGAGAAUGGACAGGAGUAUUAUUUCAUCUCCAAUGAAGCCAUGACCAAGUGCAUCUCUGGGAAUGAGCUACUGGAGUACGGCAGCUUCCAGGGAAAUAUGUUCGGCACCAAAAUUGAGACCAUCCAGAAGAUCCACGAGCAGGGAAAAAUUGCUGUGCUGGAUGUGGAACCACAGACCCUGAAAGUCCUGCGGACUGCUGAUUUUGCACCUCUUGUGGUGUUCAUCGCUCCGACCAACACAGCUCCCCAGACGGAAAACCUGCAGAUGAUCCAGAAAGAGUCGGACGCCAUUCUGACCACAUAUGCACACUUCUUUGAUGUGGUUCUCGUCAACAACGAUGUGGAUGAAAGUGUAAAAGGUGUGGAGGAGGCCAUGGAGCGUGCCACCUCCACCCCACAGUGGGUGCCUGUAUCAUGGGUGUACUGACAGCUGUCUGGCACCAGUAUAAUACCUUUUUUUGAUUGUUGAAAAUCAGUGCAAUAUCACUCCUUACACAAAACCUCUCAGUUAGUGAUGUCCCAGGUGUGUAUGGGUUUACUUUUUGGUUAAUGUUAAUUGUCACUGAGAUUUUUUGCACAAAUGCAUCCAAAAAAUAAGCAAUAUGUAGAAAGGUUUAUUCUAGAAAGCCGAGAACCUCACCAGGGAUGUUUUAUUUGGUUGUUUAGAUGUUUGUGCUUCAGGUUUUUGAGGGGCUAAGGGAUAGUUUUGGUGCCGCACACCUUUGUGAUUGUUGGAACGUGAGCAAAAUGCAAAAUAGGACCACAACUGUGAAUGAAAUCCUCACCUUUAAAAAAAAA